AUCUACCGCUCGAAGCCUAAAUAACCCCUUUUUACUAUCUGUUUUAUGAUCACUACUGUGUUAUGGCAUUAUGUCGAAAGCAAGGCUGAAUCGCGUCGUACGUUCACCGAGCCCAGGAACUAGCUUUAAUGCGGACGAACAUUCGGGAGGCUCCCGCUCACCGAGCCCUCCUCCCUCAGAUUAUGAGAUCUUCCAGCAGUCGGAUAGUGCUGAGGAGGACUUCGGGGAUGAUGCGGACCAAGAGUGGCCAGUGAGAGGUGUGAUGAAUGAGGAGAUACUUCUAAAUCACGAAAAGAGGUAUGAGAUUGAAUGGGAAGGUUGGCAGCGUACCGAUGGAUCCAGCACAACUUGGACGGGCGCGCUUCCUGGCGUGGACAGGUUACUGGAUACAUGGGACGCAUCUCGACAAAAAGACAGGAAACAGAAGUCGAAGAUGGAUUAUGACAUUGACCUCGCAGUAUUGGACCAGUACAUGCCACACAAUAUUCGUACCGCUGAAGAUGCAGUUGCAUAUCGCGAGAAAAAUCACCGAGCAAAGGGACGCCCGAAACUUUGGAACCAGUGGCUCGCGAUGGAUGCUCCGGAUGCAGAGGGAUCGGUGAAGAACGAGCCAAUUGACUCAAGCAUCCCGAAUACGCCUACUUUAUCAGUGCGGACGGAACCGCUAGAACGAACGAACGUUCGACCGUUGUUGAAACGAAAGCGUAUUGAUUCGGAUGCGGCUAGUAGUCAUGCCUCGAGCUCAAGGCUGGAUGAGGAAUCAUCAACGCUUGCAGGAUCUCCAGCGCUGACGCACAAAAGGAGUAGCUCUUCCGUUGCUCCGCCCAUACGCUCACGGCCCCGAGCAAACGAUCAAAGGCGUUGGGAGAAAUUAACUGAAGGGACAGGUGCUGCCAAGGUCACAGUCGUCAACGAAGUCGAUGAUGAAGAGUAUCCUCCAGCUUUUUCAAAUCUGCAAUACUUGGAGAGCCGAUGUACAUACGCAGCUGGUGUACCUGAUCGAAAUAGUGUUGAGAACAAGAUGUUUCUACUCGGGUGUGAAUGCACAGAUGGCUGCAAGGAUAUCUCUGCUUGCGACUGCUUGGCAGAGUCACAAUGCCGAGAUGAGUAUGAUAAAAUAGCACCGGCAUAUGACAAAAAUGGUCUCUUCCUAUUUAAUCAACAACGAGAAGUCGUUGAAUGCAACGAGAACUGCUCUUGUAAUCGGACAUGUAGCAAUACAGUUGCACAGCGGCCGAGGAAGGUGCCAAUAGAGAUCUUUAAAACUCGAAAUAACGGCUGGGGAGCACGAUCGCCGGUUGCCAUACGAAAGGGAACAGUGCUCGGCUUGUACACCGGGAAAAUUAUGAAACGCGAGGACUUGGCUAACCUUACGAAGGAUAUGCGAGAAUAUACCUUUGACUUGGAUAUUCGUGAUGAUGAUCCGGACCUUGAAGAACGAUAUUCUAUUUGUGCAUAUGCGGAAGGAAACUGGACAAGAUUUGUAAAUCAUUCGUGUAGCCCUAAUACCCAAGCGUAUUCAGUCGUCUUCGACGCUCCGUUGGAAGCAAACAUGCCAUAUAUCGCAUUCGUCGCUUCAAAAGAUAUACCAGCAAGGAAGGAGAUCACAAUAGACUACAAUCCGUCCGCAUCUUGGAAGCGUACUAAGAAGUCGACGAAGAUGAAAGCGGGGGCGACGCGCUGCAAGUGUGGCAGCCAUGAUUGUCGAGGAUACAUCUGAACCAUUUACCUAUUCACCUUUUGUAUACAUAUUUUCACUUGGGCUGCUCGUUUUGGAUACUAUUCUAUUCAUUGGGUUUUUUGUAUACUCGGUAGUUUAAAUUUAU